UCUGUUACUUGAUCGGGUGAAAUACUUCAAGACAAAUUGGAGAGCCGUGAGGGCUCUCGAUUUUUCCUCAUUUCACCCGUCUCCUCCUCCCUCCCCAGUCGAGAACUCCUCCUCCCUCCCAUACGCAGUAUUCGUUCCCUCGCAUUCGACAAUAUCUCCCUUCUCACCGGCAGGGAAGCCGCAGUAUUCGUGCGGGCCGGAGCUCCCACCGUCGCCGCUCCGCCGGUUCGCCAUCUCCACAGUCGCCGCUCCUCCACCGGUAAGGGUUACUCUCUUGCUCUCGCUGUGUCCCUUUCAGAAACGCCCAAAAUUUUUUUCUGUCUUUCUCUCUUGCUCUCGCUGUCUCCCUUUCUGCUGUUGCUGAUGGCUGGAGAGUGGCGGCAGCAUCCCUUUUCACCGGCAGUGAAGAAGACUUCACCAGAACCGUCCAAGAAAAGACAAGAAAGAGUCAGGAUGGCGGAUUUCCGGACCUCUACACACAAAGCUCAGUGGAUAUUCACACAUCAUGAACUGGCAGAGAAGCACCAAGCAACUAAUCAAAGAGCUGUGAGGACCCUUGAACAAUAUGGAGCCACUCGGUUGGAAGUGGAUAUUGAUGGGUCUAUUUCAUAUCCAGAACAACAAGUUGAUUCAAGGGAAAAUGGGCAUAAUCUUCCUGAUCCUCUCACUGUGGAAGAAGAACAACUUAUACGUAUAUUUUACGAGCAAAAAAUUCAGGAAGUUUGCGGUGCUUUUGGAUUCCCACACAAAAUUCAGGUUGCUACAGCUAUUAUAUACUUUAAAAGAUUCUAUUUGCAGUGGUCAGUAAUGGAGCACGACCCAAAGCACAUCAUGUUGACUUGUGUAUAUGCGUCUUGCAAAGUUGAAGAAUUUCAUGUAUCUGCAGAGGAACUUGGCAAAGGAAUUCAGCAAGAUCAUCAAGUUAUUCUUAACAAUGAAAUGAUAGUUUUGCAGAGUUUGGGAUUUGAUCUUAUUGUAUAUGCACCCUAUCGUUCUAUUGAUGGCUUUCUCGAGGACAUGGAGGAGUGUUGCCGAGCAAUGGAUGGUCAGCGCCAAUUUAAGGAUCUAAGGGAUCCUGCAAGGCUGGAGGUCGACAAAAUUAUGCUGACAGAUGCACCCCUCUUGUUCCCGCCUGCACAGUUGGCACUGGCUGCUUUGCGUAAAUCAAAUGAAGUGCUUAAAGUUCUGGACUUUGACAGAUAUUUGGACAACAUUUUUUCUCGGCAACAUGAACAGAGUUGCUAUGAACUAGACGAAACUCUUAAUGCCAUUGAGUCAUUGAUGAAAGAUGUAAAGAUCCCUGCUGCAAAGGAGAUGAGGCAUAUUGACAGGAAACUGAAAUGCUGUUGGAAUCCUAGUUUGCAGGAAGAGUAAGAGCAAGAGGAGAGAAAAGAAAUCUAAGCAUAAGUCCAAAAGAACGGCAGCUGAAAUGCAAGGGGCUCGGUAGAUUUAUGUUCCUUGUCGUGUUUCUAGCUGAAUAACAUGAUUCACCUCAAUGUGAUUUCUUUUGUUUCUGAUUCCUUAUUUGGAUUUUAGCUGAUGGAAAUUUUGUUCUUGUGAAGUGAUUCCUCUAACAGAGCUUAAAUUGUUAAAUCUGUUUUCUUAUACCUUUUAUUAAAUAUACCUUGGGACUGGUUACAGCCAAUGAAAUAGCACAUGAUGAUAUUUCAGAAA